AACAGGAACAAGUACAUUUGGUACCAUGGGAGUGGCACUGACUAGAGCGGCUCAAUGGACAACUGCUGGUUUUGGUACAGGCAAACUGGAAAUUACCCCAUUGAAUGAGUCCAUCCUACAAGAGAUUAUAGCAUUUGUGGAAAACUUCAGCAGCAAACAUCCUAAAGAGUCGUCUCUAGUUUUCAAGGAGCCACUGCAGUGGACAACAACGUUGGAGCCAAGUCGGUUUGGAUCAGGUUAUGAAGUCAGCAAACUCUCAGUAACCUCUGUUGAAACUGAUAAAGAUGGCCGACCUCUUCUUCGCCUCUCUGCAUCCAACAUUGAAGUUCUCAGCUUCAGCCAGCUAUCAACCAUACUGAGAGUGGCUCAAGAUAAAAAACUAAGAGAAGUCCAAGCCUGCCUUGAAGCCAACAGAGAUCCAGUGGCAAAAAUUCUGGGUGCAAGCUAUGCCACAGUUGACGGAGAAGAUUAUUCUGUUUUGCGUCUACUCGAGAAGGUGAAGCAAGAUGAUGAUGCAAAUCAUGACGCUGAAUUUGAGAUGAAAGUCUUUCUUCUGAUUCAGCAACUUGACAUGCAACUGAUGAAUAACUCCUUGAAGCAAAUUUCACAAGAAGUGCGGCUCAGUCCGGCCACAGUGAAGAAUGAGGUGGAGCUGCUGGAAAGCUUCUGUGGGGAGGAACAGGAGGCUGUUUUGAAGUCCGUGGAAUAUACAUCAGACUAUGAAUUUUCAAAUGGUUGCCGUGCACCCCCAUGGAGACAAGUUCACGGAGAAAUUUGCUAUCUAAAAAUUAAACCACACGAUACCGACACGCUCUAUGUCACCUGUAGUACAGCAGGUGUUUUUCUUAAUGGGGGUGUGGAUGAGGAAAAAGAGAAGACAGACUAUGAACGAAAAAGUGAGGUGUACAAAGACUUGGUAAACCUGCUAAAACAGAGAUCCUCACAUUUUGCCCAAAAUAUCGUUAAGCAGGAUUUUGCUGUGUACAAAGAACCCCUGUCUGCACGACAACAAGUGGACCCCGUUGAUGCUGAGGAAGAAGGACAAACUCAAAGAUCUGGCGACCAUCAAACCAAGAGGGCGCACGAAAAGACUUUGCAACCAACUUCGCAGAAAAUGACGAGCAGCAAAAAGAAAUUAGAACCCUCUCUGAAGUGGAAGACCCUCGGCUUACCUGCUCAGAGUGAGCAAUCCGAUUUGAAAGAGCAGAGCGAAAAUGGGAAAAGAAGAAAAACCGGAAAAGACGACACAGAAACUGAAAAGACGGACAAAAAGCUACCAAGUCCAAAAAGCAAGAAACGAGCAAAUUUUCCUCCUUCCCCACUUCACGCCAAACAUUCAGGGCAAAUUAGCAAAAUAUCCGGAGUAUGGACCGAGGAGUUCAGCGAGAGCUCUUCAGAGAGUGAGGAAGAUGAAGAUCAGCUUGAUCGACGUCAAGAAUCCAGUACAGAUUUACCAUCAGAGUACUGGCAGAUUCAGAAGUUGGUGAAGUAUUUAAAGGGAGGAAACCAAACAGCCACUGUGAUUGCUUUGUGCUCGAUGCGAGACUUUAAUUUGGCACAGGAGACAUGCCAACUGGCCAUCAGGGAUGUAGGUGGCCUUGAAGUGCUCAUUAAUUUGCUGGAUACAGACGAAAUCAAAUGUAAAAUUGGUUCCCUAAAAAUCUUAAAGGAAAUCAGUCGAAAUUCACAGAUUCGUCGUGCUAUUGCAGGCUUUGGAGGCUUACAGAUGAUGGUAAACAUUUUAGACUCCCCAGAAAAAAAACUGAAAUGUUUAGCGGCUGAGACAAUCGCUAAUGUGGCCAAGUUCAGAAGAGCAAGAAGAACUGUUCGGAAACAUGGAGGAAUAAAGAGACUGGUGGGUCUCUUAGACUGCGUGCCCAGCGACUCGGCUAAUCUGACUCCAGAGCAGGAAAAAGACAUCGAAGUGGCCCGCUGCGGCGCUCUGGCACUCUGGAGCUGCAGCAAGAGCACCAGAAAUAAAGAAGCCAUCCGCAAAGCUGGGGGAAUUCCAUUACUCGCAAGGCUUUUAAAGUCGCCUCAUGAAAACAUGUUGAUCCCAGUAGUUGGCACACUGCAAGAGUGCGCUUCUGAACAAAGUUACAGGACAGCAAUUCAGAGUGAGAAAAUGAUUGAAGAUCUGGUGAAAAACCUCAGCAGAGACAACCAGGAGCUGCAGAUGCAUUGUGCCAGUGCCAUCUUCAAGUGUGCCGAAGAAAAGGAGACCCGUGAACUCGUUCGACAGUUCGAUGGCCUGAAGCCGCUGGUGACACUUCUUAGCAUGUCAGAGAAUAAGCAGCUCUUAGCGGCGGCCACUGGGGCAAUCUGGAAAUGUUCCAUCAGCUUGGAGAAUGUGGCAAAAUUUCAGGAGUACAAAGCAAUAGACCUUCUAGUAGGAUUACUGACUGACCAGCCUGAGGAGGUUCUCGUUAAUGUGGUGGGAGCUCUGGGGGAGUGCGCCCAGGAACAGUCUAAUCGAGCCAUCAUUAGAAAAUGUGGCGGCAUCCAACCUCUCGUUUCCCUUCUGACUGGAACCAACCAGGCCCUUCUCAUCAAUGUCACAAAAGCGGUGGGAGCCUGUGCGAUCGAUCCUGAAAACAUGACAAUAAUAGACCGUAUGGAUGGACUCCGCUUACUAUGGUCCUUGUUCAAAAAUCCAAACCCAGAUGUUCAAGCAAGUGCAGCCUGGGCCAUAUGUCCUUGUAUUGAAAAUUCUAAGGAUGCAGGUGAAGUGGUGCGCUCCUUUGUCGGAGGACUGGAGCUCAUCGUUAACCUCCUGAAGUCUGACAACAAAGAAGUGCUUGCCAGUGUAUGUGCAGCCAUUGCCAAGAUAGCUAAAGAUGAAGAAAACCUCGCAGUUAUAACGGAUCAUGGAGUUGUUGCAAUGUUAGCAAAACUAACCAAAACAACGGAUGAUAAGCUGCGUCGCUAUCUAGCUGAGGCCAUUGGAAACUGCUGCAUGUGGGGAAGCAACCGGAUGUCCUUUGGAGAGACAGGAGCUGUGGCACCUCUGGUUCACUACUUAAAGUCCAGUGACACUAUGGUGCAUCAGGCAACAUCCGUGGCGCUGUUUCAGCUUUCAAAAGAUGCCAACAAUUGCAUUACCAUGCAUGAAAAUGGGGCUGUCAAGCUGCUCCUCAGUUUGGUGGGAUCCACAGACGAAGUGUUGCAGGAGGCCGCGGCCGGCUGUGUGGCCAACAUACGCAGGCUGGCACUUGCCAACGAGAAGGCCAGGUACGGUUAAAGCAUCCAGCAUUUCAAGAAAUGCUUCACCUUCGAACCAAGGAUACCCGUCCGGGUGUCACCACUUCAUGAUUUUUACUUAAAAACAUUUGACGCAGCAUGAAAGCUUUUGCCUGAAACCUAACGCAUAGCAGAUGUUUUGUGAGGACAAAAUAAAAAUGGCUUGUUUCAUCACGUCUAGCAGAGAGCAAGCUUUGUUUGAUUAAACUGUGUGAAAUGCUAUGGACUGAGUACAUUUAACUGUUGGCAUCAGAUCCUUGGAUGUAUAAUCCGCUCACAAUGUGUUGUUGGGUUGUCUGAUUUACAAAUAAUAAAUGUCUUUCUUCAUGGUG